AUGAAUGGCCGGUUUUUUGGAGGGGCUCAAGAGGGAGAAGAGAAGGAGGAGAACUCAGAGAGUGACGAGGAGCAGGGGGAGCAGUCUAGCAAAUGCGUAUCUGCAUUUAAGGAUUUCAUCUCCGCUGUAUUUCCUAACACUUAUCCUCUCUUCUGGCUGGCUCUCCCCUUCGCCGUCUGUGCUGUGCUGGCAGCCGCUUCCUUCGGCAAUAACACAGAGGCAGAGGAAGAGGAUCUUGUGGUGUUUGCAAGAGAAAACCAAUUCAACGCAACAUCCAACGACCCCGACACCCAAAACACUUUUGUGAAGCAAAUGAGCACCAGGGAUCUGACCUUCCAGGGCGUUGUCCUUCUCAUCUUCAUUUCGCUAAUCAACACGGCGGCAUGGCUGGGGUCUGUUUCUUGCGUGCGUUCAGAGCUGUAUUCUUGA